AUGGGUUCUUCCGACAACUUGUCAGCAGUUCUGAAAUGCGCCAAAACAAUAGCCCUGGAAGACACUCCUGUACCGCAACCGUUGCCGGGUCAAGUCCAGAUGCGAAUGCAUUCUGUGGGUAUUUGCGGAUCGGAUGUCCAUUAUUGGCAACAUAUGCGCAUCGGUGAUACAUAUGUAGUCCCUGAACCUAUGAUCCUCGGUCAUGAGUCAUCAGGGACUGUGACUAAACUAGGAGAGGGUGUGACUAAUCUCUCUGUGGGUGACAAAGUGGCGAUUGAACCCGGAGUUCCCUGCGCACACUGUAGCUUCUGCAAAGCUGGGACGUACAACUUGUGUCCGGACGUUGCUUUCCUGGCUACACCCCCCAUCCACGGGUCCCUCCGUCGUUUUCACUGCCAUGCAGCUUCUUUCUGCUACAAACUCCCGGAUUCUGUCAGUCUUGAAGAAGGCGCUUUGCUAGAACCGUUAGCUGUGGCAGUUCACGCGUGCCGAAGAGCUCAUAUCACUGCGGGAGACAGAGUGUUAGUGUGUGGUGCGGGACCGAUUGGACUUGUGAACGCGAUGGUGGCUUCCGCUAGUGGCGCCACUGACAUCGUAUGUACAGAUAUUGACGACAAACGACUCGAAAUGGCCAAACAAUGCGGAGCUACUCACGUGAUCAAUGUUCGUGGAUUGACCAAUGAAGGAGCAGUUGAACAGAUCCGGAUUAUGUUGGGUGGACACAAAGCGGAUAAAGCAAUCGAAUGCUCCGGAGCGCAACCUAGUGUUAAACUGGCUAUUCACUCUGUCAAAGCUUCCGGCACGGUCGUACUAGUUGGCAUGGGACCUUACGAUGAAAUCAAGAUCCCUGUGAUGACCAUGUCUACAAGAGAGAUCGAUAUUAGAGGCAUUUUCCGAUACGCUAAUUGUUAUCCGGCUGCUUUGGAACUUGUGAAAUCAGGAAAAGUGGAUAUCAAGAAAUUGGUGACUCAUAGGUUCCCUAUUGAGAAGACAGUGGAAGCCUUUGAGACAACUCUGAGAGGGGAGGGCAUCAAAAUCGUCAUCAAUUGCUGAUUGGGCGACGUCUCAUUGGAGGCCAGUAUACGAAUUGUCUAUCGGAACCUUCAUAGAAAAACUGA